AUCUCGUUUAUGAACCGUGUGCACCAUCUGUGGUGUGCACCAUUGACAUAUAUAAAGACAGCCCCUCCCUCUCGCAUGGAGAGAGUGCCGUUUGCCCCCCCCCCCCAGCAAAAGCCGCUGUGUCGUUGCCACGUCACUGAGGUCAAACGGGAGGAAAGAUGGCGAGCACCUAUCAGAGUUUCAACUUGCGCACCACACCAGAGAAGUUUUACGUAGAAGCUUGCGACGAUGGCUCCGGGGACGUCCUCGCUAUUGACAGAGUCUCAACUGAGAUGACUCUCACAGUAAGGAGGGACAUCCCCGCAUCUGCUGAGACCAGGCCAAUAUGUGGACUCAUGGGGACUAUACGUUUAGUGGCGGGCAUGUACCUGGUUGUUAUCACAAAGAAGAAGAAGGUCGGAGACUUGCUAGGCCAUGCUGUGUGGAAAGCGCUCGACUUUGACAUCAUCUCCUAUAAGAAGACAAUACUACACCUGACAGACAACCAGAUGCAAGACAACAAGACUUUCCUGUCCAUGAUGAACAAUGUGCUUCAUACAGACGGCUUCUACUUUGCUACAGACUAUGACCUAACCCACACUCUGCAGCGCCUGGCAAAUACCAGCCCAGAAUUUCAAGAGAUGAGCCUUCUGGAGAGGGCAGAUCAGCGUUUUGUCUGGAAUGGCCACUUGUUGAGGGAAUUCAUGGCACAGCCAGAGUUACACAGGUUUGUGUAUCCUGUUGUCCAUGGCUUCAUCAUCAUGAAGUCAAGUUGCAUCAAUGGAAAGGUGUUUGAGUGGAGCAUUAUCUCCAGGAGGAGCUGUUUCAGAGCCGGCGUUCGUUACUAUGUCCGAGGCAUUGAUUCAGAAGGCCAUGCUGCUAACUAUGUGGAAACAGAGCAAAUAGUGCAGCACAACAAUGCCAAGGCUUCCUUUGUUCAGACAAGAGGCUCCAUCCCCUUAUACUGGUCCCAGAGACCUAAUCUCAAGUAUAAGCCAAAACCACAGAUCAGCAAAACAGUCAACCAUUUAGAUGGAUCCCAGAGACACUUUGACUCACAGAUUAUUCUCUAUGGAAGACAAACCAUUUUGAACCUGAUCAAUCAACAUGGUUCAGAAAAGCCACUGGAGCUGGCAUUUGACAAGAUGGUGACUACAUUGAGUAAUGGCAUGAUCAAGUAUAUAGCCUUUGACUUCCAUAAGGAAUGCAGUCGAAUGAGGUGGCACCGCCUUCAGAUCUUGGUGGACAUGGUCGCUGAAAUGCAGGAUGAAUUUGGAUAUUUCCUGGUAGAUGCAGAUGGAAAGGUGCUUUUGAACCAGGAGGGGACAUUUCGGAGCAACUGCAUGGACUGCCUGGACCGUACAAAUGUCAUCCAGAGCCUGCUGGCCCGACGUUCUCUGCAGUCCCAGCUGUGGAGAAUGGGAAUCCUUCACAUGGGCCAACAGAUUGAAGAGCAGUUGGACUUUGAGAAGACAUACAAGAAUGCCUGGGCAGACAAUGCUGAUGCCUGUGCCAAGCAGUAUGCUGGGACUGGUGCCUUGAAGACUGAUUUCACCAGGACAGGGAAAAGGACUCACUGGGGCCUGCUGAUGGAUGGCUGGAACUCCAUGAUCCGAUAUUACAAAAACAACUUCUCUGAUGGUUUUAGACAGGACUCCAUCGACUUGUUCCUGGGGAACUAUGCUGUUGAUGAAGCUGACUGGACCACCCCAUUACGUGACCCCAAAGACUGGAAGUUUCUGACGUUGCCCAUCAUCAUGGUGGUAGCAUUCUCCAUGUGUAUCAUCUGCCUGCUAAUGGCUGGUGACACAUGGACUGAGACUCUGGCUUAUGUUCUGUUCUGGGGAACAGCCAGUGUGGUGACGGGUGGUCUCAUCCUCUUCAAUGGACUGGACUUUGUAGAUGCUCCCAAGCUGGUCCAGAAGGAGAAGCUGGACUGAAUGUGUGUGUGUGGAAAGCAGCUUGGCCCUGGCGAGCUCACUGCCUCAUCCUCUAGCUCUUCAUCACUUAACUCUCAGCAUCAGCAGGCUUGGAGCCUUUACUGACGUAGGGUGGAUUGGAGGAGGGUAGUGGGCACCAGUGCUGGCCUUGUGCACUACGGCAGUGGAAAGACAGAGACCACAUGAGUGCAUGGGCCUGCUGCUGUCCACACGACAGCGACUGUCAUGUGGACAGGACAGUCUGUCCACAUGUUUUACUGAACACAGAACCUUUGGAGUUUGUUCAUAUGGGAUGAUAUUACACUUGAUUGAUUGAUUGAUUGGUUGGUUGAUGAUCAGGCAUGCUAUAGGACCUAAGUAAAAUUGCAGUUUAGUCCCAUUGCAUUCCCAUAAAGCAGUAGAUCCCAACCUUUUUCUAUAAGCUGUGCCUCACAGCCCAGUCCGAUGAGCCAACACCAUUAUCUCAUCUAUGUUCCAAAUGUGUUCAUUUGAAUGUAUUUCAAACUGGAUGUUAUUUAACAAUUAAUUGUAUAAAAGUGGAUAUAACAGAUAUUACAUCAUAUUCAUACAGCUGAACUGUCAUUGUAUAGUUCCAUUUGGUCAAGUUUGCAUUAAUACUACCAUACUACAACCACAUGGACGUCUAAAAACUGGACAUUCCACCCGUUUACAUACUACCAUUACUGGUCUAUUUCAACCGUUAAUGCAGACUAUUUCAUCUACUCUACUUGCUUGGUAACUAGUUUUCACACAUAAUUAAAUAUGAAAAAAAUGAAUUGCUAUAGCUGAUUUAACAUGUAGAUGAUUUUUUUUUCAAGUUAGUUGAAUUGCUCUACAACAUCUCCAUAUACCUCAAACAGCACAAGUACCCCAUGGAGCACAGACCCCCGGUUGGAAAUUAUUGGGAUCAGACUUCAGAACUGCUGUAAAUGAAUUGUUGUAUGUACUGUUAAUUUCCCUUUUGCCUUUUUCUUUUUGCCAUUGCCAGUAUAUGUUUACCUAUGUACAGGUGAUCUGUCCCAGGUUAAAUGCUGCCUCUGUGAAAGUCUGCAUUUUAAGACCAAUAAUGGGUCCAUAAGGCUGUCCUUUUCUAAAGGCUCCAAGAAAUUUUAAUAACACAGCCAGUGUAUCAUUAGAAGUCCUCUGUAUAAUGUAUACAGUAUCUGUUAACAGCUUGUGUUUCAGCUGAAUGGUGCAUUUGUGCAGUCUUUAUCUCUCUGUAUAGUUGGGAAAUCUGUUGGGUAUAUAAUGUAUUUAACAUGUUUAGGAUUAGGUGAUCAUUGGUCAUUGGUAGUCAUUAGUACACAGGAUCAUUGUAUGAAUUUGACCAAUGAAAGCCACUGCAUAAUGAAAAUAGUACUGCAGAAGGCAGGCUUCAACUCUUAUGGUUUGUUCAUGUUAGUACCCGGUUCAGCACUACAUAAGAAAUUUCGGAUUUGGAUAUAUUCACUGUUUGUUCUUGUUUAAAGGCAUAUUAUGCAGAAUUUGUCAGUUGCUGUUUUUAAACACACUGCUGAAAUAGUGACGCUCUUGGUUGGUUGAUUGAGUGAAAUACCAUCAAAUACCUACAACCUGGGAAUGAGACUCAACAAUCACCUUUCUUCAGAAUCACUGACACCCAGAAACAUCCUGAACACAGCAAAAUAGAGGGAAACACAAGAAAAAACAGGCAGACGGCAGGGUCUCUGCACAUAUAAGACACCAACACACGUUUCUAGUGGUGACUGAGGUGUAUUAUAUUUGAAUAAAUGUAAAUAUAAAUUGCUUUUUUAAAUAACAUAUGGCAUAGUAUACACUACAUAGACAAAUGUGUUUGGACACACCUCUUUAUUACUGAAUUCAAGUGUGGUAUGUGGUUAUUUUUCAGGGGUUGGGCUGGGCACCUUACUUCCAACUCCACACCAAUGGCCAUGCACUUAGAAUGUGAUGGUCAGGAGUCCUAAUACUUUUGUCUAUAUAGUGUACCUUUAAGAUUGGAAGUAUAAAGGGGUGUCAAAGAUGUCUUUUAAGAUGCUAAGUCUGAAGCACUGCAGCACUAUGAACUGAAAUUACAGGUUGUUUAUGUACUCAGAGAAGACUGAGUAUUGGUGGCAGGCUACCAGUUGCAUUUUGGUACUGAGGGAUCUGUAUGAAUUUAUUCCUUUAUAAUGUUGCUUUUUCCAUUUGUCCUUGUGGUGUUAUGUUCGAUAUUUUUUCAGCAAUGUUGGCCAGAUUUUGCUGCAAUGAGUUAGCUGCAUACGGACCAUCUGAUCAUAAUUCCUGCUAGUUACAGUCAGCUGCUAGUUAGUUGUUGGAGUUUGGCUUUAAUUUAGGAUGGAGUUAAAUGCAUAUGCUUCUUAUUUUUCUGAUUAGUGUUGCAUUAUCUCUGAUAUUCCUGUAUUUUAAAUGUUAAUGUUGUUUAAUGUUAUGUUCUGUUGAGUUGUGUAAUUUGAUGCCGCCUCUAAAUUGAUCCUGGGAUUUCAUAUUUUCCUCCACGAGAACCGUCAGGCUACAGGUUGCUUAGAAUGUCCAACUUGAUGAGAAUCACCCAAAUGCAUCAUUAAUUUUGUCUGUAUAAUGGUAGAUUUAGGCUUCUUUCAUCAGUGGGCCUUGUGCAAGAACCACUGUUAUGAAAGGUUCAUUCUUGGAUUCGUUCACCACUUUUCUUGUAUUUAAUAUUUUAUCUUUGGUACAAAUGAAACUCAUGAAUGGUCUGAAGUCAUGAACAAAUUGUCUUUCUCCACAGGAGAAAAAUACUUACUGAAAACUCAUCACGCCUUAUUGCCUUAUAUACUUUUGAGUGAUUACAUGCUUUUAGUUUACAGAUUUCUGAAAACAUGUUAGAAGCUCAACAUUAUGAAAUUCUCUUUUUUACUUAAUAUUUUCUUGUGAAUAAAAGCAAAAGCAGAGCAGAACAGGCAGCAUUCCAUGGAAAUUUUAGGAGCAUUGAUUAUGCUACCACAUGCUUCCUUAUGAACACAUGGCAUGACAUGACUGUUUCAUUUAAAUAACACAAGACUGGGAAUCAGAAUCAGAAUUGUCUUUAUUAUUUAUCACAUUACUAGGAAUUUGUCUUGGUGAUUGGUGCAUAAAUAAAACGUAAGAACAAGAAACAUAUAAUAAUAGAAUAAGGUAAAACAAAAUAAAAUAAGUAAAAUAAAUAUGGUUCUGGAGGUAGUACACAGUGGAAGUAGCUGAGGUAAACAACCACUAGUCUACACUACCUGAUAAAGUAGUAAUAAAUACUUUGAUACUUUACUUUUCACUAUAAUAUCAAUGUACUUUCACUCAAGGAGGAAUCUGAACUCAGGACUUGUAAUGUAGUAUGUUAAUGAAUUGGUACUUUUAUUUCUAGAAGUAGAAACAACAGAUAUAGUUCCAUUAGAUUAGAUUUUCAUGGGCUUUUUUUGUAGUGAAAUACCUUUUUAUACGUAUUUGUGCCGUUGUGCGCCAGUUUACGGCAUUUACCAUUUUGAUUUCACACCACGCUUCUAAAGUCUGCUGUAGCUACCGACAGGUAAACCCAUAAGGACUAUAAUAAAUACAAAAACCGAAA